AAAUAUAAUAUCACAUGAUUUUAUUUUGAAAAUUUUUAUUAAGGUUUGAACGCGAUUUGCGCAAAAAGUGUUCUGAGAGAAUAAAUAUUGGAUUAUCCGAUUUUGACUUUUCUUUAUAGCAUUAGUGUUUUAAAAAAAAAAUAGAAAUUCACAAGAAUUCUUAGUGACAAAAUUACAUAUUAUAAUAUUUUGCUAUUAUUAUUGGUGUGAUAUUUUUUGUUUCCUUCUACAAAAUGACUACUGCAAAAAUUUCAGAUUGGGGCGUCAAAAUAUUGUUAUCUAAAGCAGAUGAAAAAUAUGUAAAAGAAUUGCAAUUGAAAUCUGAGUUGGAUUUUGAAAAUAAACAAAGACCAGUAUUUACGAGUGAAGAUAAAAGUAUUCUUUCAAAAUUGAAUGCAAUUGAAUUCAAUUUAAGCAAUUGUUCAGCUCCUCUAUCUGCAACGUCAAAUAGUGAUCAAAGCAAAGUUUCAAAUACUAAAAAUAGCAAUAUUACUUUAGAUUUAAAUAGGAUAAUCUCACUGUAUCACAAAUUCCACAGCAAAGAUGAAACGCUUAACCAACAACAUUGUUUUCACGAUAUAUUAGGUGCAUCAAAGCUUAUAAUUCCCAAAAAUGAAAUUAUUCCCAGAAACCCUCAGUUAGAGGAGCGUUGUAAAAAGUUACGUAUGGAACAAGAGAAUGUGGAGUAUGCGAACAUGACAAAAAAUGUAGAUUCUGCAAGGAAGUCUCUUCCAGAAGAUACAAUUUCUUACCAAAUAAAAUCUCUGAAUAAGCAGUUAAUUGCUAUAUUUCAAUUUAUCGUGUCUGUUGUAACUGGAUUUGCUUUUGGAUUCAUUGGUUUAGAACUGAUUUUUGGUGGUAUGGAAUUCGGAUUUAGAUUAUUACUAGGAAUUAUUUGUGCGCUGACUAUCGCCCUCGCAGAAAUAUAUUUUCUGGCAAAAAAAUUAAGUGAAUAUGAUGAAUUUAUUGAUUCACCCAAACACGCUUAUAUUACACCUUCUAAGAAAAACAAUUAAAGUUAAAUAUAUUAUAUAAUCUUAUAAAAUAUUUGUUAAUUUAUGUAAGUUAAAAAUAAAAACAAAAUAAUGCAUAAUAGUCAUUUUAUUUUUUACAAAUUAUCCUUUAUUCAAUUUUGUGUUACAGUUGUUUCAU